AUGAAUGCUACUGUAAACAGAACAGGAUUUGAUGAUUUACUGAAUGAUACGAAUAUCAAUACAUCAAUGCUAUCACAUUUGAGCCAUAAUUUGCAUAUAUACGGUUAUUUGAUUAUUGGUCCAAUGCUAGUAUUGGUUAACACACCGAUCUUCCUGCUUGUGAUGUUACGUAAAGCGCUCAGAGCUCCCUAUCUUGUUCUUGCAGUUGUUUUUCUGAACAAUGGAUUAACCGGAAUGAGUGCAGUAUUAAUGGGAGUACAGCGAUGGAUUAUUUCUUCUGUUGAAGAGCAAUUUAUUGUUCAUCAUGACUGCGUCCUUGAUGUGCCAAUCUUUCUUCUAACAAUGUUUUUUGUUGAUGGUUGGAGUUUACUAAUGAAUAGUGUGGAAAGAUUUUGUGUCGUUGCAUUCCCAAUGUAUUACUAUACUCAUAGUAAACGAAUAAUCUUUGCAUUAAUUACCAUACAAUAUGCAAUCACUGCCAUUGCAGUGAUUUUUACCGCUGUCGCAAGUUUAAUUGAACCGAAGCGAUAUAUAUCGCAUUUUUGCUUGUUACAAAACGUUUACAGCUCUCAUUUUUACGUCACAUUGACAUUAAUGAGUUCCACUGCUUCAUUAUUUAGUAUUAUUGUAAUGGUUAUUGUUGUUGUUCUAUUAAAAAGGAAGUUUGGACCUCAGUUUAUUUCAAAGCAUUCAUAUAACCGUAAUUUAUCACAUUUUCUCAAGAAUCAAAAGCGGUAUACUCAUACAGCACUGAUUUCUUGUUGUUUUACAUUUUUCCUUGUUGUGGUACCAUCAAUAGUGCAAUGUGCUUAUAUGAUGAAUCCAAGUAUACAAUCACAAAUCAUUGUGAUGUUUUGCGUAUAUUUACCAUUUAUAAACUCUUUCAAUAUGGUAGUGUUAUUUAUGUAUCGGCAAAAGGAUCUUCGAAAUGCCACAAUUCAUAUCUUCAAAUGGCUAUUUGGUAGAAAGAAACAACAUAUCCAACCGGCUACCACUGCUGGAUUUUUAGAAUAA